AUGUACCGUCCAGCACAAGCCCGCGAGGAGCUUCAACCACAUGAACUUCCUUCGCGCCCUCGGCAGAAAAUCGCUGCGGAUCUGUUUGUCAUUGGGCAGCAGACAUUUCUGAUAAUGGUGGGCUACUGGUCCAGUUUCUUUGAAGUAGUUGAGAUUCACAGGAAGACAGCACAAGCCGUAAUUACCCAGUUUAAGGUGCAGUUUGCCCGACAUGGCAUUCCUGAAGUGCUGAUCAGCGAUAAUGGUCCUGAAUUUGAUAAUCAGGAAUUCAAGAAUUUCUCUACAGAUUGGCAGUUCGAGCAUCGAAGUUCAAGUCCAAGAUAUCCACAUGCAAAUGGAAAAGUGGAAAAUGUGAAGACCUGCAAAGGACUACUCUUGAAGGCGAAGGAAGACAAACGAGACCCAUUGUCGGCGAUCCUCGCUUGGCGCAACACCCCAAGUGAGGGAUUCAGCACCUCACCAGUUCAAAGACUGAUGGACCGGCGCACGCGCACCUUGCUGCAACUGCUGAAAAGCUACUCCAGCCGAACAGUGACCUGA